AUGGAAAACAUCUUCCCAUUGCAGGAGAACGUGGAGAUAGAGGAAAUAUAUGGGAGUAAGAGACCCAAUGCUAUUCCACCUGAGUAUGCCCGAUCUUUUCGAAUGCAUGGAGGAGUGAAUGUAAUCGAUAAUGAUGGGACAUAUAUAUUGAAGGAGCCGAAGUGGUAUAGAAAGGGAGAGGUAAGCUCGCUGGAAGAGAUUAGUAUGGAUGAAGUUGUGAGUAUGAUUGGAAAGGAAGCAUAUGUGCGUACCAGGGAUGCGAUUGUUUGUGAAUAUCAAAAUGGAUACAGACCGAUGACUCUUGGAAAGGCGUUAGAAAUGAAUGAUAUUGGAUUUUGUGAGAUUGCCAAGAUAUUUGCAUUUGCUGAGAGAUGGGGGCUGAUAAAUUAUAGGAGCCUGAUUGAGAAAGAGAUAGCUAGUGUAGAAGCAAUGAGGAAUAGAACAAGAGAAAGCAGUGAUGACAAGCAUAUCCCCACAGAUACGCAAGAAAAGAAUAAGGAAGUCAUAAAUAUGCCUGUUGACUACAAGGCAUGCUUGAAGCAAUCAAGAUGUGAUUGUGGAGAAGAAGUUAUGUUUUUUACUAAGAGCAUGAUAUUUAAAUGCAAAAAGUGUUUUGAUGAAAGAUCAUAUGCUGAUGAUGUGCUGAGAUCUGAUUUUUUUGCAGUGAACGAGCCAUUGGUUGAAAGCAUGUGGUCUAAAGAGGAGGAGUUGCGCCUUCUUGAGGGAAUCAACAAGUAUGGAGACGAGUGGAAUCUUGUAAGCCAGCACGUGCAGACAAAGUCCAAGGAGGAGUGUGUAUUUUACUUUUUAAGGAUUCCAAUUCUGGAGAAUGCAUUACCAAAGAGUGGGUUUUCUGAGAUAGGACCAGUGUUUGUAACUGCUGAGAACCCAAUAAUGUGCGUAAUUUCAUUUGUGUGUGGGGUGGUGCAUCCUUGUGUUGCAUCUGCAUGCUCGAAAGCAGCGAUGAUGCAUAUUGGGAAAUGCUCGCAGGAAAGGGCCAUGAGGCAUAUGCUUGAUGCAGGAGUGAGCAAGGCCAUUGAGCAGAGAGAUAUGGAAAGAAUUAAGAUCAAGAGACUCAUGGAUGUUAUAUAUGAGGCAUUUCUUAGAAAAAUCAGAAUGAAAAUGAAUGCAUAUAAGGAGAUGAAUGUGUCUACACAAAGAGUACGUAAUGAAUUGGUUGGGCUUAGACAAGGCCUCAUUGAUGAGCUUGAAUUUGUGGAUGAAAAAUAA